UCUCCAUGACGAACUUCUCGAACUCUCAAAUCUCAGGUCAUGCUUCAUGCACAUGGAUGAUAUGUUCUAUGUGAGUAUGAAGGGAGACGACCAUGCAAUACGCUAUGCCAUAGUAUACUACGACGAACCAUAUAUGGGACCAAAGGAAGAAACACCCAUAAAGGAAAUCAGAGAGCAGCAGAGUGUACAGAUUCCUUUCGAUGCAAUUUUCGAAAAAAUGUCGGUAACAUGUGGGCAGCUGACGAUCGCUGCGCUUGACGAAGCAAUUCCCGCACUGAAGGAUCAUACUCUCACAUUAUUGCCGGAGGUUCAAAGGGAGCUCGUGGAAUAUGUUGAUGGAUAUGAAGCAAGGUACUAUACUACACAGAGACGAUAUCAAUCAUGGGUGCCACUCUCAAUACAGGACUUUAUAUGGGGAAGCGUUGAACCAGCCCCUGAAGAUAUCUCCUGCAUGAAAUCCUUGCUCGAAGAAUUCGAUGGCAGUAUUCAAUACCUGCAAAGACUUCCUAUAAUUUUAGAGGAGCUAAGGGAUCACUUCAAAAGCUUGUUAA